AUGGGACUCUUCGAGCGUAAUCAGGAGAAGGACCUAGCUCAGAGUGAGAAAACCGGCAACCAGACCCAAGAGAAGCAGCUUCAAGUGGGCUCAAUCCGCAUCGCCUCAAGUAGGGAUCUGAUUGCGGAUCACGAGGACUCUCACACUGCCAAAUCACUUUGGGAUUGCGCAUAUGAACUCCUCGAGAAGGAAGAUCCUCAAUUGGUAGAGAAGUACGAGAACCUACUUUCGGAGGAGGCGAAGACAAGUACAUAUCAACAACCUGUUAUGCGAUCGCGCAGAGUUAGAGCAAUCAUCCAAGAGGGAUUGCAACGAGUGGAAAAUAUGAAAACAAAAUACACUAUUGCCGGUCACGAAUUUGUCCUAGGUGAUCAGAUGGCACAGGCUGCAGAUCUAGUGCUUUGGGCAAAAUGCUUGAUUGGAGAGGCAGUUAAGAGUUCACCAGAAGCUUCCAUCGCGUGGGCUGGUGUUUACAUCAUUCUUCCACUUCUCACAAAUCCUAGGGUCGCAGACGAAGCCAAUCGUGAUGGCUUCACAUAUGUGACUACCCGCAUGAAGUACUACACCGCACUGGAGCCUCUACUCCGGCGACUUGGUGGGAACGCAGGAGUCACCAGUGUUUUAAUGGAAGAAGCAAAUGGCCAUAUUGGCUCCAUCAAGGGCUACGUCAAAGACGUCUUUUCGCCAAAGGACUGGAAGCAAAUGAGACUCAACAUUGAAAACCCGGAGAAAACUGUCAAUGAGAACUUCACCCACAUAAAUGAGCUGCUGUCAAGGCAAGAGCUCAAGUCUCUCCACGAAAACAGCAAAAGUGCUCUUGAAAUAAUGGAACGAUUCCAACGCAAAUUACUGGAGCAGCUGCAGAGCCAAGAACAGUAUCUCCAGUUAUUCCGUCUCACCAGCAGCAGCAAGGACGCCACAUACGAAUGGUAUAAAGAUCGUGUUGAAGACCGAGACCAGGACCAGAAUACUGUCAGAAAAGCACUUUGUGCUCUGCUUCAUCAACUCCUCUCCCAGCAGCCACUACUCAUCAAAUAUGCUGCCGAGCAAUUCAAGGAAAAUGGCUCGGGCCUGAUUGACUCCACACGCUUACUUUGGACUAUCCUGGAAAAUGCCGUGCAGGGCCCCCAUGCGGGAUCAAUAAUUUUGGUCCUUGAUGCCCUGGACGAAUGCGCUGAACUAGAGUUGGACUACCUUAUGCUGAAACUGGAAAGCCAGUUCUGCAACAAGAAGUCAACCGGUGGCAAGUUGAAGUAUCUUCUAACCAGUCGCCCGUAUGAGCAAAUUGUGUCCAAGUUUCAGAGGCUGUUGGAUACUUUUCCAGUCCCGCAUCAUACGUACCUUUGGGUAUACCUUGCGUUUGAGCAUUUGAACAAGGAGCACUUUAAAAAGACAAUCAAAGGGGUUGAUUCCACCAUCGCAACCCUGCCGAAGUGUAUCUAUCAGGCAUACGAGCAGAUUCUUAGCAAAUCCAAGGAAGACCCCAUGGUCAGGAUGGCCCUGAGCAUCGUCUUAGCGGCGACUCGGCCGCUAACGCUGCCGGAAAUGAACAUUGCGGUGAAUAUAGACGACACGGCGAGAUCUGUUUACGACCUUGACCUCGAGGAGGAAGAUGACUUCAAGGCACGUCUUAGGUCUUGGUGUGGUUUGUUCGUCUCAAUCCACCACGGUCUUCGAAAUCCCGCCUAUGAUGAUGACAUCUACUUCUAA